AUGACCUCAGAGACAGACCCCAGCGACCCCAAGGCAUCCGAACUUGCCGACCGACCUUCGUCUAUGGCCGCAUCAGCCUUUCUGGGAAUCGCCUGGUUUAUUUGCAUCGAGCUUAACAUCCGCCUACUCUACAGGGCCACACGUCGCAGUCUUUACUUCUGGAGCUGCUUACUCUGCAGUUGGGGGCUGAUAGUCCACGGCAUCUCCAUUAUCUUGGCCAACUUCAACAAGUGGACCUCUUACUCGGCCAUCGUCUUCAUCUAUCUCUCAUGGCUCGUCUUCGUAGUCGCUCAGUCUUUUGUUCUCUACUCCCGCCUCGGCCUCGUGUGGAGAAACACGAAGAAAGACCGCUGGAUCCUCUAUAUGAUUACUACUAACUCGGUCGUCUUUGGCCUUACCACAGUCACGCUCGGAAUGAUUGCUGCACGUCUUUCGUCGCAAGCACCUGCCAACCUGAUCUGGGACAAGGUGCAAGUCGCCGCUUUCUUCAUCCAAGAAUGCAUUAUCGGAAUGCUAUACAUCUGGCAAACAUCGAAGUACUUCCAGAGCCUCGAGCUCCUCGGCAAUUGUCGUCGCACCACUCGAGACAAUCUCCGCAAUCUGAUCGCUGUCAACGUCCUCAUAAUCAUACUCGAUGCCAGCGUCCUGGGCUUGGCCUACAGCGAUCGCUUCUUCCUGCAGGGCUUCUAUAAGGUCGCUGUAUAUGCCGUCAAGCUGCGCACCGAGUUUACUAUCCUGAAUCAGCUGAGGCAGGCGCUUGCGGGUGGCUCAACGGGUGCGUCGGGAUUUGCUGUGCAGACCGACCAGAGACCUAUCGUGAUGGCUCCUCUGAAGUCAAACGACGUGGUGGAGGUGGUUGCAUAA